AUGAUGAGCUCCAUGAACGAUUCAACAUCGAUCGAAACAGAAGUAUGGUUUCUUCCUUUCGAUAUUAUUAGCAUUAUAUCGACUUCAUUAUCUAUUAUAUUUGGUCUUUUAUAUUUAUUUAUUGUUAUAAAACAUAAAACAUAUUCACCAGUACAAAUGCUUUUAGUUUGCAAUUCAUCCGUAGCUAUAAUUCUUUUAAGCUGUGUAUUACUCAAUAUGGCAAUAUUCUCAAUACAACAUGAUUUACAACACAGUAGUGAAAAAAGUAUUUUGUUCUGUAUCAUUUUAGGUUUCUUAGGAUAUGCUACGGAUGGUCUGCAGAAUUAUUCAUAUUUGCUAACAGCUGCCUAUCAGUAUAUCUCUGUAGUCUAUCCAAAUAAAAUUAUAUGGCGAACAGUUAAAACUCAAUUUUGUCUUGUAAUUGUAAUUUGGGUUGUCUGUAUCUUGUAUAGCCUUCCAUUGUUAUUGACUGGACAGAUAGCUUACAAUAUUGACAAUCAAAUUUGUCAAAUACCUCUUCGUCUAUCUCUACCAAUGGUCUAUGUAACGGUAAUUAUCUAUAUGAUUCCUAAUUCUGGUAUUCUUGGUUUUUAUAUUAAACUGACUCGAUAUGUUCAUCAAAUCAGUCUUCGUACUGUAUCAAAUCAUACACUAUUUCAUGCUCGCCGAGAAUUAAGACUUGUUAAACGUACUUUUAUUCUUAGUAAUACUCUUAUUGUCCUUGGCUUACCAUAUAUGAUAUUUGUUUUAAUGUCCUUUUUUACACCACCACCAAAGUAUCAUUUUCGUAUUGCUUAUAUAUGUGCUGAUAUAUCUGUAUUAGUAGUUGUAAUAAUUGGAUAUUGUUUUACACCAAACAUCAAAACGAUUAUACGAAAGAAAUUUACUCGAUCAACUCCAGUUGAACCAAUGACAAUAAGAUUCACAGCUGCAACAUACGGAAGAACUAUUACAGCAAAUUAA